AUGGUUCUGGACAGACUCCAACAGUUGACCCAUCAGGUCAGCGCAACGUCUCCACUGCCACAUCCUUUGGAUCCUCUUUCCACUACCGAGAUCGAUGCUGCAGUAGCCAUCGUUCGAAAGGAGCAUGGCUCGCUUAAUUUCAAUGCGGUCACUCUAUACGAGCCGCGCAAAGUCGAAAUGAUGGCCUGGGUGGCAAGCCCCGAUACUGCUCCUCGCCCAGUCCGCAAGGCCGACGUGGUUGCAAUUGCGCCAGGCGGGAAAAUUUACGAUGGCGUGGUAGAUCUGAAACAGAACAAAAUCGAGGAGUGGAAGCACACUCCGAAUGUGCAGCCCCUGAUCACGAUGGAAGACCUGCAAGAAGUUGAACAUGUGGUACGCAAGGAUCCAAAGGUCAUUGAGCAGUGCGGCAUCAUUGGCAUCCCACCACAAGAUAUGCACAAGGUUUACUGUGACCCUUGGACUAUUGGCUACGACGAGCGUUUUGGAAGUGGCGUUCGAUUGCAGCAGGCUCUUAUGUAUUAUCGUCCUCAUCCCGAUGACUCCCAGUAUACCUAUCCUUUGGACUUCUGCCCUAUCUACAAUGCCGAGACCAAGCAGAUUAUCCAUAUCGACGUGCCCCCAGUACGGAGACCCAUCAGCAAGGCACCCCCAAAUAACUAUCACCCAGACGCAAUUGAGAAGGAUGGCGGCUUCCGCAAGGAUAUCAAGCCUAUUCACAUUACCCAGCCUGAGGGAGUUUCAUUCGAGGUCAAAGGUCGCACCAUCGAGUGGCAAAACUGGAACAUCCACGUUGGCUUCAACUAUCGUGAAGGCAUUGUACUCAACAACAUUACUUUCAAUGACAAGGGCAAUGUACGCCCAAUUUUCUGGCGUUUAUCACUAGCCGAGAUGGUCGUGCCAUAUGGGAACCCGGAGCAUCCUCACCAACGGAAACACGCCUUUGAUCUUGGUGAAUACGGCGGUGGCUACAUGACUAACAGCUUGUCUCUGGGCUGUGACUGCAAGGGCGCAAUUCACUAUAUGGACGCGGCAUUUGUUAAUCGUGCUGGUGCAUCGACCAUUGUCAAGAAUGCCAUUUGUAUCCAUGAAGAGGACGCUGGCAUCCUUUUCAAGCAUACCGACUUCCGCGACGAGUCAAUCGUGGUCACACGUGGUCGCAAGUUGAUUAUUUCCCACAUCUUCACUGCCGCCAACUAUGAGUACUGUGUGUAUUGGAUCUUCCACCAAGAUGGCACUGUGCAACUAGAGAUAAAGUUAACCGGUAUCCUAAACACCUACUCCAUGAAUCCAGGCGAGGAUACAAAGGGCUGGGGUACUGAAGUCUAUCCCGGUGUCAAUGCCCACAACCACCAGCACCUUUUCUGUCUUCGUGUGGAUCCAAACAUCGAUGGUCCUAAUAACACAGUUUUCCAAGUCGACGCUGUACAAGGACCGGGCGAAGUUGGCAGUGCCGAAAACAAGUACGGCAAUGCUUUCUACGCUAAGAAGACCAAGUUCACCACUCCGCUGGAGGCCAUGUCAGACUAUGACGGCUCCACGAGCCGCACAUGGGAAAUGGCUAAUACCAACAAACUUAACUCGUACAGCAAGAAGCCUGUCUGUUACAAACUUGUUAGUCGGGAUGUGCCACCUCUUCUCCCCAAGGAAGGUGGUCUUGUCUGGAAGCGAGCAGGAUUUGCUCGCCACGCAGUGCAUGUCACUAAAUAUUCGGAUGAUGAGAUCCACCCUGCAGGUCGCCACGUCCCGCAGACUUCAGGCGAGCCCUCUGCGGGUCUGCCAGCUUGGAUCGAAGCUGCCGGUCCGAACUGCUCAAUCGACAACACAGAUGUUGUGCUCUGGCACACAUUCGGUCUGACCCACUUUCCCUCCCCAGAAGACUACCCCAUCAUGCCCGCUGAGCCUAUGACCCUUCUUCUUCGUCCACGAAACUUCUUCGAUCGCAACCCCGCUCUUGACGUGCCACCCAGCUAUUCCCGGACACCAACACAAGUUGCCUCGGGAGCAGGUGCCUGUGGUUGCAAGAAGAACGAUGGAUCUAGCGUAUUGGUAUGA